AUGGCUUUGCACUCUCGGAUCAGGAUCAUGGCAGAGAGCGACUCGCGUGUUCGCAGGUCUUGGCGCCCACCCACGUGGCAGCAGCGGCGACGACGCGCCCUUGUCCAGACACGGCCGUCUGGCGAGAAUGAAAGCCUCGCGGUUGUAACUGCGCCGUGUGUUCCUCCGUCCACCGACAGCACGGGUCGUGAGGAGAGAAGUGGUGAUGAUGCAAUCAAGGGAACGCGCACGGAGCCUGCAGCAGCGCCCCGCAGCCAUGGGAAUAAUACUCGCGCCCUCCGUCGUCUCGCAGCCGACUGCAGCUCGUCGGCCAUGUUCGUGCUUCCUCCUCCGCCGCGGUACCCUAUCGGCCAAUUCCCAGGCGCCAUCCCAGGCCAGCUUAUCGAGACCAACAACACCAUCACCCAUCCCGCGGGCUCAGACUACCAGUUGGUGGUAGGCGAAGGCACCUACAUCCUGCGCGAUGACCUUCACCUAGCCACACCCCCUCCACACCCCUCAGAGGCUCCCAUCCACAACCCCAAUCCGCUCGCGACGACCAUAUCCCCGCCGACAUGUGGCACCAAGCUGUCGCUGGUUGCUCUUGCGCCCCGCCAGCCAUCGCGCUCCCACCUCUCUCGACUCGAAACCCGCUACAGCAACCGAUCCGAGAUCCCGCCCAGUAUCCAAGAAUCGCCGCAUGAGACAAACAGCCAAGCAAGCGACACAGGCGCACACAGUGUCAAUGGGUUUGGGUCAUCGCCAUUGGACGGUCUGAGGACGCCCAUGUUCGGGGAAGGCAAUACAGCGCUCGCAGCAAUCAACGGGAAAGACUCCAAGGACCCCCUCAAGAGGCGCAAACCGAAGAGCAACAUUGUUAAGAGCAAUUCGUCCUUCGUGUCGAGGGUGAUUCCCCACGAGAACUUGUCCAAGCGCCUCCAAGAGCACAAUCCCAACGGUCACUAUGCGUUUGCCAACAUCAACCGCGCCUUGCAAUGGCUCGACUUGACAUCGCCCAACAAGGAAGAGCAUCUGACCAAGAUUUUAUUCACCAAAGCGCAUGCGCUAUGCCACGACAUCAACCAGAUCACAAAGGGCCCAAACCACCUAGACAUCAUCAUGGGCUUUUCGACCGGUGACAUAAUAUGGUACGAACCAAUGUCGCAAAAGUACUCGCGCAUCAACAAGAAUGGCGUCAUCAAUGGCAGCGCUAUAUCCGACAUUCGAUGGCUUCCCAACAGCGAGAACCUGUUUCUCGCGGCGCACAUGGAUGGCAGUCUGAUCGUGUACGACAAAGAAAAAGAAGACGCUGUAUUCAGUGCGGAAGAACAGUCCUCAACCACCGAACACACCACAUCCGAGACUGAGAAAAAGGCAAGGCUUUCGGUCAAGAAAUCAGUCACCUCCAACAGCCAGAAGUCAAAUCCCGUGUCUUGUUGGCAACUGUCCCGUUCCAAGAUCAACGCUUUUGAGUUUUCCCCCGAUCGCCGUCAUCUGGCUGUGGUUUCCGAAGAUGGGUCGUUCAGGAUCAUUGACUUCCUCAAAGAAAAAUUGCUCCAUCUCUACAUGAGCUAUUAUGGAGGUAUGAUGUGUGUCUGCUGGUCGCCAGACGGCAAAUACGUUGUGACAGGAGGUCAGGACGACCUGGUCUCCAUUUGGUCAUUGGAAGACAACCAGCUAGUGGCACGAUGUCAGGGACACAACUCGUGGGUGACGGCGGUGCAGUUCGACCCUUGGCGGUGCGACGAUCGUAACUACCGGAUAGGCAGUGUUGGAGAAGACUGUCAACUGUUGCUCUGGGACUUCAGCGUUGGCAUGCUCCAUAGACCGCGAGCGGCAUCCGUGAGACAACGCAACAGCAUCACCUCAACAAAUCUGAAGAUACAGCGCACACGCACAGAAGGAUCCGUGAGCCGUCUGCGCUCAAACUCCAACCUUACCUCAGGUAGUCUGAUCGACGAGGAAGAAGUGGUGCAUCCAGUCGAGUCUCGAGCGCGCACAGCCAUGUUGCCCCCGGUGCUGACAAAAAGCGUGGACGAGCAUCCUUUGGCUUGGCUUGGAUUCGAAGAGGAUUGCAUAAUCACGUCAUGUAAAAAUGGUCACGUCAGGACAUGGGAUCGCCCCAAGGAGGGUGCUGCAAGUGAUGACGGCGAGAAUUCGACGACGGCGAGCGCUAGGGAGACAAAGGCUUGA